GCUACGUCAGCUGUGCUGCUGUUAGCCUGAGUAGUGACAACAUGGCCUUUACUCUGUACUCGCUCAUCCAGGCCGUAGUCCUGUGUGUCAACGCCGUCGCUGUGUUGCAUGAAGAAAGGUUUCUCAGCAAGAUUGGCUGGGGAGUGGACCAAAGUGUCGGAGGGUUUGGAGAUGAACCAGGCGUCAAAGCACAGAUGAUGAACCUUGUCCGCUCUGUGAGGACAGUGAUGAGAGUGCCGCUGAUCGCAGUCAACUCAGUCUGCAUCGUGUUGCUGCUUCUGUUUGGAUGAAGUGACAGAAGAUGUCAGGAAACAUCUCCAUCAUCUCAGGAAAACAUUUUAUCUGUCUGUCACACUGAAUCUCUCCUUUCAGCCUGAGGAUGAAUGUUAUCAUAGGAUAUUCCACAUUUAUCAUUAUUAAGGCCUGUUUCAUACAGCACAGUUGUCACAAUAUGUAAAUGCAGCUAUGUAGAAUGGUAAACAUCCCUCUUUCUUUGAAAAGUAUAAAAAAGUAAUAAAGUUAUUUUUAUUAUUGAUUUGUUUGUUUUUUGAAAUCGUUAAACAAAACACGUGCUUUUGCACUUCCUUGUUAAAGUGAAGAACUGAACAUGUGUGUUCAGAAAUGUGAAAUGAAUACCUGUCAAGUGGUUUUGUUGUAAAAAUGCUUGAGAAUAAACAGUUUUAAAGAAUUAA